AUGCUCCUCUUCUUCUUACUUUUCCCUUUCUUUCUUUCUUUCUUUCUUUCUUUGAAAACUUCUAUUCCUUUUGUCCCUGAAAAUCUAAACGCUUCUUGCCAUGUUUUUCACGCUCCUCUUUUUCUCACUUUCCCUUUCUUUCUUUCUUUCUUUCUUUCUUUCUUUCUUUCUUUCUUUCUUUUAAGAUUUCUUUCUUUCUAUUCCUUUUAUUUCUUUCUUUCUAUUCCUUUUGUCCCUGAAAAUCUAAACGCUUCUUGCCAUGUUUUUCACGCUCCUCUUUUUCUCACUUUCCCUUUCUUUCUUUCUUUCUUUCUUUCUUUCUUUCUUUCUUUCUUUCUUUUAAGAUUUCUUUCUUUCUAUUCCUUUUAUUUCUUUCUUUCUAUUCCUUUUGUCCCUGAAAAUGUAAACGCUUCUUGCCAUGUUUUUCCUGCUCCACUUUUUCUUACUUCUUUCUUUCUUUCUUUCUUUCUUUCUUUCUUUCUUUCUUUCUUUCUUUUAUUUUGCUAUCUGUUGCCCUUUUACUCUUGUAUUUUUAUCGUUACUUUCACCCUUCUUUCGUUUCUUACUUCCUCUUCAUCCCUCUACAGUUCUUUCCCAUUUUCUCUUUCUUCAUUUUUCAAUCUAUUAACCUUUACAUUUCACCUUGUUUUCACCAUUCUAAACCUUUCUUUUAGCCUUCUCUAUAUCUAG